AUGGAUGAUAAAUUGAAUACUGAAAAAUCAGACCUUCAAUUAGGGAAAGGUAAUUUCGCAAAAGUCGUACAAAUCGUAAAUAAAAUACAGCAGCAAUUACAGAAUGAGAAGGAUUAUAACCAUCUUCGGGAAUACUUAUGGUUGUCAAUGAAUUCAGAGAAAAGAAUGCGCGAUCAGAAUGAAUCAAAUUAUCACUGUUGGUAUCAGCUUAGUACGAGUUACUUAUUGGUUUUUAAACUCUUGGUAAUAGUUGUACAGACUGACCUUCGGUAUUUUUUUUCGCUUCAAGUUAUCAAUGGACAUAAAAAUGAUGAAGCAGUAAGAACAGAAUGCCGUAUACUUGAAUCAUAUGAAGUGAUGAAGAUAGAUUUAGAAACAACUUUGAGAUUAGUUGAUCAGAACAUUGACAAGGUUACACGUGUAAUAGGAAUGAUAAGGAUUGAUGAUUCAUGGAAAACAAAAACAUAA